AUGCCCGAGUUUCAGCACCCAACUGAUAUGAAUCAGGUUACUGUUAUCAUGCAACAGUUACAACAACAACUUGCCUCUCUCUCUGAACGUGUUAAUCAACAUGAUGGUAUUUUGGCUCGUCUCGAUGCUUUGGAAAAGGAAAACCAAGCCUUGAAAAAAAUUUUACACGACAAGGAUCUGCACCCCCAUCAAGGGGCAUCUGGAUCCACCACCUCUGCUACUGCCACCACUGAUUCUGGUACUAUUAGCUAUUCUGCUAUAGCUAAGAAGGCUGCACAUCGCCCUGAUCCAAAUAAAGCUACUAAGAGAAAGUUGGCUGCUGGUCGUCUCUUCAAAACGUCUGCUGCUAAGGGUCCCCAAGGAUAUCAAUAUGUAUAUAUUGGUAGAUCUGUUAAGAUCUUACGCUCUGAAAUUCGACGCACUCUCAAGGCCAUUGGGGUGGAUACGUCUCGUAUCCUCGACAUCAACUUCCCUGCCUCCGAAGCUAUUGGUAUUCUCCUGCAUACCCAAUAUGUUGCUGAAUUCUUGGCUCUGCUCCGUGCAAGUGAAUCGGAACUAUUGGAGGAUUUUGACCCGUUGAAUCCUGCUAAUAUUGCCGACCCAAAAUGCUCUGUCCCAUAUCCGCCACUUAAUGUGAGUAGUGUUGGCCGUUGGUUCCUGGAUCUUGGAUGGAUAGGUCAAGCCGAACUGGACGAGGCUGUUGCUGGUGCUAUGGACCGACUAAAGGAAAAAGACCCUAAAAAGGCUGCUUUCUUGUUCAAGCGUCGCCGUGAUACUUCUACUGAUUCUGAAAUGGAGAUCUAA